AUGGCGAAAAUGUCUAAACUGCGUUUGGCCAAAUGGCGAUUAUGGAUAACAACGCUUCUCUUUUGCAUGGCAUCUGCUGAUGUUCGUUAUUCUGUGCCGGAGGAAACAAAGACAAAAUAUUUUAUUGGAAGUCUAAGUAAGGACCUUAAUUUGGAUUCCGAUCGCUUGAGGUUUCGCAAAGCCCGUUUGGAUUACCGAGGGGAUAAAAGAUAUUGUGAAGUAGACCUAGAUUCUGGAAAUAUUUUUGUUUCAGAAAGGAUCGACCGAGAGAUGCUGUGCGGAACGACCUCCCACUGCCUCAUGCACUUUGAAUUUAUUCUUGAAAAUCCUUUAGAGCUUCAUAACGUUGUUUUGGAGGUCCAGGAUAUCAAUGACAACCCUCCUGUUUUCCCCAAAGAUUCAAUUAAGCUAGAAAUAAGCGAAGCAGCACCUACCAGAAGUAAAUUACAAAUAGCUUGUGCACGCGAUUUGGAUGUUGGAAUGAAUUCAGUCCAGACCUACAUGCUUAGUCAAAACAAAUAUUUUGUUCUUGAUACAAAAUCAAAUAAAGACAGGUAUGUGGACAUUGUUUUGAAAAACAGCCUGGAUAGAGAGACAAAAGGAGAACAUUCCUUAAUAUUGUCUGCGGUGGAUGGGGGAAAUCCUCCUAAAUCUGGAACUGUUGUUAUUGAAGUGUUCGUGAUAGACGUGAAUGAUAAUGCACCAGUAUUUUCGCAGUCUUUGUACAACACUCGUUUAUUCGAAAAUGCAGCACUCGGAACGUCUGUCAUCAAAAUUGUUGCGACCGAUGUGGAUGAGGGCGCAAAUGGACAAAUAACAUAUUAUAUCAAUCACCUAUCUGACAACACAAAAGAAUUGUUUAAAAUUGACGAAAAUUAUGGAGAAAUAUCUGUAAUUGGACAGAUGGACCACGAGAAGUCCUCGUCGUACGAGAUGGAAGUGCAGGCGGAGGACGGUGGAGGUCAGACAGGCCACUGUAAAGUUGUUAUUGAAAUAGAUGACAUAAAUGAUAACGCGCCUGUUAUAUCAGUAAAGUCUCUGAAAAACCAAAUCCCAGAAAACAUCCCACCCGGUUCAGAGAUCGCUGUAAUAAACGUGAAGGACCAAGAUUCCGGUGAAAACAGCCGGGUUAGUUGUUCCAUUUCUUCAAGUCUGCCAUUUCAACUACAGCCGUACAUCAAGUCUUAUUUAAUUAUCACUACAACUCGUUCGCUUGAUCGGGAGCAAAUCGAAAAGUAUAAUGUAACAAUAACAGCAACGGAUGGAGGUACACCCCCCUUAUUCUCGAAUCUAACUCUGAACAUACAAGUUUCAGACAUCAACGACAACUCCCCUACAUUUGAGUUACAGACAUAUGUUGUUUAUAUAAGUGAAAAUAACAAACCAGGCACUUCUGUCUGUUCUGUCAGUGCAAAUGACCCAGACUGGAGACAGAACGGGACUGUACUGUACUCUCUGGUUCCCAGUGAAGUCAGUGGGGUCCAAGUGUCCUCAUUUCUAUCUAUUAAUGGAGAUACAGGGGUGAUUCAUGCUGUAAGAUCAUUUGACUAUGAGCAGUUCAGAAACUUCACUGUCAAAGCUGUUGCCAGAGACAAUGGAUCUCCACCGCUCAGCAGUAACGUGACUGUGAAAGUCUUCAUAACAGAUGAGAAUGAUAACUCUCCACAGAUAUUAUACCCUGUUCCUGGUGGAAAGUCUUUAAUGACUGAAAUGGUCCCUAAAGCGACUCUGUCAGGCUCUCUGGUGUCCAAGGUGAUCGCUGUAGAUGCUGACUCUGGACAGAAUGCAUGGCUGUCCUAUCAUAUUGUCAAAUCUACUGAUCCUGGACUUUUCUCCAUUGGUCUCCAUAGUGGAGAGAUCAAAACACAACGAGACAUUUCUGAAUCUGACAAUAUGAAGCAGAGCCUCGUUAUUUCAGUGAAGGACAACGGGCAGCCCUCUCUGUCUACAACCUGUGCUGUAAAUUUACUAAUUUCUGACAACCUUUCUGAAGUUCCUGAACUUAAAGAUAUGACUUAUAAGGACAACAACUCUAAAUUAACGUCCUACUUGAUCAUUGCAUUAGUUUCUUUGUCCACCUUCUUCCUGACGUUCAUCAUACUGAUCGUGGCAGUGAAGUUUUGUCACAGGAGAAAGCCCAGACUGUUGUUUGAUGGAGCAGUUGCUGUUCCCAGCGCCUAUCUCCCUCCCAACUAUGCAGAGGUGGAUGGAGCAGGAACUCUCCGCAGCUCUUAUAAUUAUGACGCGUAUUUAACCUCAGGCUCGCGCACCAGUGACUUUAAGUUUGUGAGCUCAUAUAAUGAAAACACACUUCCUGCUUGUGGGACUCUGAUAAGGAGUGACAUCGAUUCUAAUAUGUUGCGCCUGUCUGACGAAGGAGAGUGUACAGAGUUCAGAAACUUCACUGUCAACGUUGUUGCCAGAGACAAUGGAUCUCCACCGCUCAGCAGUAACGUGACUGUGAAAGUCUUCAUAACAGAUGAGAAUGAUAACUCUCCACAGAUAUUAUACCCUGUUCCUGAUGGAAAGUCUUUAAUGACAGAAAUGGUCCCUAAAGCGACUCUCUCAGGCUCUCUGGUGUCCAAGGUGAUCGCUGUAGAUGCUGACUCUGGACAGAAUGCAUGGCUGUCCUAUCAGAUUGUCAAAUCUACUGAUCCGAGACUGUUCACUAUUGGUCUCCAUAGUGGAGAGAUCAAAACACAACGAGACAUUUCUGAAUCUGACAAUAUGAAGCAGAGCCUCGUUAUUUCAGUGAAGGACAACGGGCAGCCCUCUCUGUCUACAACCUGUGCUGUAAAUUUACUAAUUUCUGACAACCUUUCUGAAGUCCCUGAACUUAAAGAUAUUACUUAUGAGGACAACAACUCUAAACUGACGUCAUAUUUGAUCAUUGCAUUAGUUUCUGUGUCCACCUUCUUCCUGACGUUCAUCAUACUGAUCGUGGCAGUGAAGUUUUGUCACAGGAGAAAGCCCAGACUGUUGUUUGAUGGAGCAGUUGCUGUUCCCAGCGCCUAUCUCCCUCCCAACUAUGCAGAGGUGGAUGGAGCAGGAACUCUCCGCAGCUCUUACAAGUAUGACGCGUAUCUAACCACAGGCUCGCGCACCAGUGACUUUAAGUUUGUGAGCUCGUAUAAUGAAAACACGCUUCCUGCUGGUGGGACUCUGAAAAAGGAGCACAAUUUUCAUUUUGGCUCGAGCAUGAUAACAAUUGACGUUACAGAAAAUGAAGAUGAGGGCAUUUCAUAUCAGCGUAUCUGUAAAAGCCAUUUGCCACUAUAA